AUGCUCCCAGGCAAGCAGGGAGGCAUUGCAGCAUACGCUGAGGAGAAGCGACAAGGCGGCGUCCCGGCAGCGGCCCUUACAGGGUUCCGGGGAAUCGGGUUCCUGGGCAUCGUUCUUGGGUAUUUCCAUUUAACAUCGGACAGCAGCACAGCAGCUGACCAGGGCAAGCGGCAAGACAGUACAGGCUCGCAGAAAGAGAUGAGCACAUCGUCAAAGGUGGAGUGGGGCGACAUGGUGAUUGUCUCGGGGGUGCUGGUGGGAGCGGCAACGUUCCUGUUCCGCAAGACGCUGUUUGGGGCGCGCAAGCCCGAGAUGACGAUAGCGCAGAAGGCGGCGCUGGCGGGGGGUGCUGACGGCAGCAGCGGGGCGGACGAGUACAACGAGGAGCGGGACUUUGUGCUGAAGAUGCGCAAUGCGGGCAAGAACGUGGUGAUAUUCUACGGGUCGCAGACGGGCACGGCGGAGGACUUUGCGACGCGGCUGGCGAAGGAGCUGCAGUCGGCGGCAGUGCGUCCGCUGGUGCUGGACCCGGAGCUGUACGACUUCCACGGGAUGGCGGCGCUGAACGAGGACGAGCUGGCGGUGCUGAUUCUGGCGACGACGGGCGAGGGCGAGCCGACUGACAACAUGGAGCAGUGGUACGAUGCAUUUGUGUCGAACCGCGAGUCGCCCGAGGAGUCGGAGGUGCCCGAGUUCCGCGAGCCAGAGGACAAGGCGGGGAUGCUGGACAUGGAGCAGCCCCUGGCGGACGUGCGGUUUGCAGUGUUUGGGCUGGGCAACAACACGUAUGAGCAGUUCAACUCGCACGCGCGCAUCAUGGACAGCCGGCUGCAGGCGCUGGGGGCGCAGCGCAUUGGCGAGCGCGGCGAGGGAGACGACGACGUCGACAUUGAGGAGGACUUUGCUCAGUGGAAGGACAAGACGCUGCCGCUGAUCCGCGCCAUGUUCGGGUCGGCCACGCCCGAUGAGGACGCAGGCGGAGCGCCGGCGCUCACAUGGACGGUCACCGAGACCGGCGGUAGCGACGCGUGGACGGCGGGGCAGCUGUAUGCGUCGGCUGAGGCGUUCGACGCACGGCACCCGUUCCAGGCGCCGGUCAAGGCAGCGGCGGAGCUGACGCCAGGGGCCGACCGCCACGUGCUGCACGUGGAGGUGGACCUGGCGGGGUCGGGCAUGCGGUACGAGGCCGGCGACCACAUCGGCGUUUAUGCGCAGAACUCGGACGAGGAGGUUGAUCUGCUGCUGGCGGCGCUGGGGCUGCUGGACCGCGCGGAUCAGGCGAUCAGCGUGGCAGCGGCAGACCCGCACGCAGCGCAGCAGGCGCUGUUCCCGCACGUAACCACAUACCGCGCGGCGCUGCGGCACUACCUGGAGAUAGCGCUGCCGGUGCCACGCGCGCAGAUCAAGUCGCUGGUGCUGCCGUUUGCGACCAGCGCCGCCGCCCGUGAUUUCCUGGGCCCACUGGCCAACGACAAGGACGCGCAUGCGCAGAAGGUGGGCGCCGGGUGCCUGUCGCUGGCGCGGCUGCUUAACGCUGUGCAUGCCGCCGAACGCACGGCCGGCGAAACCGACCUGCUGAUGCUGCCGCCGGCCGCGGUGUUCGAGCUGUGCCCGCGUAUGCAGCCGCGCUUCUACUCCAUCUCGUCCAGCGCGCGCGUGGCGCCCGAGACGCCCAGCAUCACUGCUGUGGUUCUGCAGUAUGAGGCAGCCGCCGGGCCCGCCGACGCCAAGCUUGGUCUGACGCGCUCCGGCGUGGCCACGAACUUUUUGCUGGGUGUCAAGCGCUAUCUGCAGGGCGACCGUGCGGUGUCGCUGCCCGAUGGAGUGCUGGUCAGCGAGAAUGCUGCGCUGCCGACGCACGACGCGUCCGGUGCUCCAGUGGUGGCGGACAACAAGGGCCAUGUGCUGGGCUCCUACACCAUCCAUCCGCCGGUCGACCGCCAGCUGGCCCUGCCGGUGUAUAUCCGCAAGUCGCAGUUCCGUCUGCCCACCGACCCCGCGGUGCCGAUCAUCAUGAUUGGGCCCGGCACUGGCCUGGCGCCCAUGCGCGGCUUUGUGCAGGAGCGCGCCCACCAGGCACGUGCCAACCCCGAGUCGGCGCAGGGCACGGCGCUGCUGUUCUUCGGCGCGCGCACGGCUGUCCACGACUACAUGUAUGAGGACGAGCUGGCGCGUCUGUUCGACGACAUCCGCACCGUGGCUCCGCAGUCGCAGGUCAUCACGGCCUUCUCGCGCGACCAGGCCAACAAGAUCUACGUGCAGCACCGUCUGGCCGAGCACGCCGACGCUGUCUUCGAGGCCUUGCUGGCGGGCCAGGACAAGCUCACCGGUCCGCCGCGGGCCCACAUCUACGUGUGCGGCGACGCCAAGGCCAUGGCCAAGGACGUGACCCGAGCCCUGGCUGCUCUGAUCGCCGACAAGGCCGGCGUGCCAGUGGACACUGCUGCCCAGUGGCUGGCCGAGAUGCGCAAGGCCUCCCGCUACCAGGAGGACGUGUGGUCGUAGCCGAUAAUCUCUCCCAGUCCAAAAACACGUUUUGCAAUACACAUACUCUAAAGAUUAAUAUGAUUAAAAGGCAAC